GAAGUCGCUUUGUUUACAUUAGUGUAGCUUUAGCGUUGACAGUCUCGGUGUGAAGAGUGAAUGAAAUCAUAGUUCUGGAAUUAGGUUCUAACAUGUAACUAUGACUCGUUAUAUUUAAAACACUACGUAAUAUACAAGAAUUGCUUCAUAAUCCAGAUUAUUUACUUAUGUUAUGCGGAGUCGGUGAUAUUUUAUAGCUAAUUUUCUUUCCCAGAAGCUUAGUGAGUUAGUUAGUUGUGGAAAAUGUCGAAAGCUGGGGCUGAUCCUGGGUCAGUUGUCUCGGAUCCACAACAUUCCCAAAAGCUUUUAAGAUCCCUGCGUUCCUUCAGAGAAGAUGGGAGUUUUCAGGACGCAGUUUUGGUCUUGGAAGGUGAAGAAAUCUCGGUGCAGAAAAAUAUCCUAGCAGCCGCGAGUCCUUACAUCAGGACCAAGCUAAAUUACAACCCGCCCAAAGAGGACGGAUCCACAUACAGAAUCGAGCUCCAGGGCAUUUCAAUGCCCAUCAUGAAGCAGAUCCUGGAUUACAUAUUCAGUGGAGAGAUCUCUCUGGGUGAGGACACAAUCCAGGAUGUGGUGCAGGCUGCUGACAUGCUGCUCCUCACUGACCUCAAGUCACUGUGCUGCCAGUUCCUGGAGAGCUGCAUCACAGCAGAGAACUGCAUCGGCAUCCGGCUUUUCUCCCUGCACUACUGCCUGCACCAUGUGCACCAUGUGGCUACAGAGUAUCUGCAGACACACUUCAGGGAUGUGGUGGACACCGAGGAGUUCCGUGAGCUGCCACCCGAGCGCCUGUGUGAGCUGUUGGCCAUGGAGAAACUAAACGUGGGUAACGAGAAGUACGUGCUGGAGGCCGUGGUGCGCUGGCUCGGCUCCGACAUCGAGGCUCGUCGGGUGCACAUGAAGGAGGUGAUGUCUGCAGUGUGGGUACAGGGUCUGGACCAGAGCUACCUGCAGGAGCAGAUGGUGGGAGAUCCGCUGAUGAGGGAGGUGAUCGGUGAGUGCUGUGUGGAGUCGUUAAGAGGCGCAGUGCAGCAAGGAGAGGCAUUGCUCGCUGCCUUCAAACCCCGGGGCUACUCCGAGUGCAUCGUCGUCGCAGGGGGUGAGGACCGGGCCACUCGGACACCAUCUGCGGUGACACGCUGCAUGUGUCCUCUUUAUGACCGGAACCGGCAGCUGUGGAUCGACCUGCAGCCCAUGAACGAGAGGCGAAUCGGUCACGGGUUGGUCACCGCCGAUGGCUGCCUUUUUGCGAUCGGAGGAAUGGAUGAAAACAAGACAGUGUUGAGUACUGGAGAGAAAUACGACCCAGAGAAUAACACCUGGACGCAUAUUCCCCCAAUGAACCAGGCGAGGCAGCACUUUUGUAUUGCUGAGAUGGAUGGAUUAAUCUAUGUGCUGGGUGGAGAGAAUGAAGACACUGAAGUCCUCCUCACCAUGGAAGUGUUUGACCCUCACAUUAAUAACUGGACAAUCCAGACCAGCAUGACUACUGUCCGAAAGUUCGGUUGCUGCGCUGCAAUGAAGAAGAAGCUGUAUGUCAUGGGAGGAGGGUCUUACGGGAAAAUUUUCGACUCUGUGGAAUGUUACGACCCCAAGACUCAACAAUGGACUACACUCUGCCCUCUAAAGGAGAGGAGGUUUGGUGCCGUGGCGUGUGGUGUAGGUCAGGAGCUCUACGUGUUUGGAGGAGUGAGGAGCAGAGAUGCAGACAACCCUGAAUCCAGCCAAAUGACCAUCUGCAAGUCUGAGUUCUUUCAUGAUGAGUUGAAAAGAUGGGUGCUGCUGGAUGAUCAGAACCUGUGCAUACACACCACGUCGUCAUUCGUAUAUGGAGCUGUUCCCAUUGGGGCCAGUAUAUAUGUGGUAGGAGAACUGGACACAGGCACCAGUUAUGACUACGUGCGAGAGUUUCGGCGCAGUACGGGCACAUGGCACUCGACUCGCCCCCUCCUGCCCUCGGACCUGUGUAAGACCGGCUGCUCUGCUCUCCGCAUCGCUAACUGUAAGCUGUUCCGGCUGCAGCUGAAACAAGGCCUGUUCCGGAUCCGAGUGCCAUCCGUAUAACAUGCACAUCCAUGACCACGUAGUCAUCGUCUUUCUGCUUGCUGAUCGGGUCUUUUUUUUUUUUUUAAAUGUUAAAAAAAAAAAAAAAAAAAAGCACAUGUUGGACUUGUGGAAUCUCUGGAUAUGAGGCGAGGAUGCCUUCAUUAGAGAGCUGUGUAGGGACAUUUCGUCCACUCCGUGUCAUUUCUUCUUAAGGGAACGUGUCUUUUUGUCUGUCUUUUCUUUCACUCUAAGGGAUUUGAAUGUCAUUUUGAUAUGAAGCAGCUGCUUAAAACUGUUUUUGAGAGGACCACAGGUUGCUACUGCCUUUUUACGCCAGCACUAACACAAACACCUUCGACAAAUAGAUCACGAUGAUGAGGCAGCUCGACUGCCUUUCUUCUUCUUCUUCUUUUUUUAUUUAAUAAUUUAUAAAUUGUCUUUCACUUGAAUAUACAGUUGAUGGGAACAGCUUUGGACUGUCAGGAGAAGAAUGAUGGGAACUCUGGUGUAUUUUUAGCCCGUAUUAAACACAGCUUUAGAUUUAGAUAAUAUGAGCUGUCGUGGCCGUGUGGUAUGAAAAUUAUUUGGGAGAAAGGGAUAGAAGUGUGCGUAUUUAACAACGUUGAGAACGUGUUUGUUUAGCGUUAUUAAGCUUUGGAGUUAAAAUUCCAUCUAAUACACUACAGUAGGGCUUCGUCUUGCUACUGUGCUUCUGUAUCAAAAACGGCAGUAGGAACUGUUUUUUUUCUGUAUUGAUAACAUCACACUCAAGGAUUCUCACUGACGUUUAAUCUUCGUGUGUGCGUAUGUGUGUUUUGAGGGUGACCUUUGAACUGGCUUUCCAGUCACAGCAGACCGUUUUGGCAUCCGGCGACCCCGUUUGUUGUGUUGCGCGUCACAGCUGCUGCCGUCUAUUCUAAUCGUUACAGAGUGGCUUUUAGUGAAACUUGUCAGCGCACACGACCUCCAGAUGAGAGAACCAGCUCAUGUAAAGCAGACACUCGGAUCUGCUUCGUUUUAGGUCGUCCUAAUAUAACGUUCAACGAUCAGACGUGCUACGUACACGACUACUUUGUGAUUUCGUUGCAUUAGCCUAAGACUAAACAUUUUUUACUACCAAAUUAAGAUCAAUUUGACUGUAUAUACAGUGUAAUAAUCACGUUUCAGGUACGAACAAUAACGCUGGAAGGUCCUGAUCAUGUUAUUUGUUGACUGCAUCAGUUUCAGAGAAUUUAUUUAUUAUACACUUCUGUUUUUAACCUGACCCUCUGAUCUCCAUACAAAACACAGCCAGACCCUUGAUUUGCGAUUUGCAGACUAUCUACUCGAUAGUACAUGCUGUAUUUUAUCGCCGUUCCUCCUGAUUAUUUAUGUUUUUCCUCCUCGCUAUGCAUGAUCAGUGAUAACGUCAAAUUUCUUGUUAGACAGCCUUGACCUUUGCUCUUAAAUUGUUAAAAAAUUGCUCGAUGCUUCCGCAGUCAGUCACUAGGUACGCCUCUCGACAAAGGUUUAUGUACUAACGUAACCCUAGGACGGCUGUACGCACCUUUGACAACACGGAUCACACCCAGCUCUUAAACAUACAGUGUGCAUGUGUAAACAUAGACUAUCAACACACACUACACAUUCCUUCAUGUGACAUAGAUUACAGUACACGCUGGACCCUUCAAUUAAAAUUUGUUAAGGACUGGUUAUAGAAAAUUCCUCAUCUGGAUAAGCAACUAACAUGAAAUGAAUGGUGACGCUUAGUGUAAAUAAAAUAAUGCAGCUCGGAGUAGGAGGUGGCUAUAUGUAGAAAAUACAUGAAGCCACUUCUGAUAAACUCUAUAUAUAUAUACACAUAUAUACACAUAUAUACAUAUACUGAAUAUAUUAAAAAACUACCAUCAAAACAAUAGUGUUGAAUAAAAGAAAUAAGAAAAAGAGUUUAUCUACAAAAUGAAUUACUUAAAACUGAAAAGAAGAAAAUUAGUACAUUUUUCAAUUUAUAUUUUACAAUUUAAAAUUUUAAAAAUUACAAUUUUAAAAAUUGUCUUAAAAACUUUUACAAUUUAAACCAGCAUAACACCAAAUCAGCUUCUAAUCAGAGCUUAUUAUUAAAUAAUGUUAUAAACAGACAUCAUGAUACCUACUGUGAAAUAAUUGAUCACAUAUCGUAUUGCUCAGCCCUACUUCGAAGCAUGUUUUGUUUUGUAGUAGCACGUCACGUUGCUAUGCUUUUCUUUUGACACCUUUAUUCUGAAGCCGAUGCAGAAAGAAUAAACGUCGAUUUCUUUCUUUUUUCAUUCCUCCGAAUGUAAAACAGAAUAUUUUUACAAGCCAUGAUGUCAGCAGCUCAUUAGACUAGAGAAGGAAAAUAAAUUGAAAAUCUGGUGAGAACUGGCACUGAACUGGCACCUUGAGUGAGGAGGUCUGGGGUGCAGUCAGCGUUUCAGUUCAUCCCAAAGUUGUUCAGUGGGGUUGAGUUCAAGGCUAUGUGAAGGACGUUCAAGUAAGAGCUUUGUGCACAGGGGCUUUGUCGUGCUGGAACAGGUUUGGGUCUCUUGGUUCCAGUAAAAAGCUAGAGCAGAUAUUCUCGCCAAUUUUAUGCUUUCACCUUUGUGCACGUAUGAGAAGAAGCAGCAUGUAUGGGUUCGAGGGUCAUGAGUCCAUAUACUUUUGGACACGUAGUAUAUGUAUUACAUUUACAUUUCUGCCACGUAUAUAAAGUGACUUACAUUUUUUAUUUCAAUUUAUACAACUGAGCAAUUGAGGGUUAAGGGCCUUGCUUAGGGGCCCAGCUGUGGCACUUUGGUGGAUUCGAACUCCCAACCUUCCGAACACCUUAACUUCUAGGCUACCACAUCCCCAUGUAUGUUACUGGAUAAACCACAGCAAAGGGUCUGCUACAGAAGCCAAGCUGGUUCAUGUAUAGAAACCUAGAGAUGCUAAACUACAAGGGUUUUUUUCUUACGUUAAUCAACUCCGCUAAAGUGUUUUUAGUACUCCGUUCAGUCUGUCACAGUAUUUUUCUCAAGCUGCAUCAGUACCAUGGUCCACAAAUUAACAAUCCUGGAUUACAUUAAAGUAACCCUCUUAUAGACCUUGGGGUAAGCCUAUUGAUAAUCUGUGAAUGAUGAUGAUGUAGAGAAGCACUGUUAUUUUUGCUCGUUCGUUUCAGUUAAAUCGGUGCACCAAUCCAAAUUGUAGUCUAAAGUCAGAGGUGCAUUUUCACACAGGACCUUGAGGAGGAGUCGCUUACCGUACCAAAUUGAUUCCAUCUUUCUUUUACACAUCGCAUCCCUGUUGAUGAUUUUUCUUGCACUUUGUGGAAGUGAGGAAAUGAGGAGGUACUACUGUAUUAUUAUUUUCAUUUUGACACAAAUGGUAAUAACGUGACUUCCAAAUAAAUCUCAGAAAAUCAUCAGAAAAAUCUUCUCACACAGAUGUAGUCAUUUGUUGUGAAAUGAUUAGAUAAGAGUGUUUGCGUGUGUGUGUGUAUUCUACAGAGACAGUUGGGAUUAACACAACAGGAUUACAGAAGAUGGUGACAUUAAUCAUUUAAACCAAAUUGCUCUCAUGGUGAGAGUUAAUUUAACAGUAGGUCUUGUGACUUGAGACAGUGACGAAGCUCAGAUUAGGGUGGAUCUGGCCUCUAGUGCCCUAUAUUAGGAGCUUGGGAAUUAUCCUCUACCGGCUGAGUGAAAAGCCGGCUGAGUGAAACCCUGAGCAGACUGGACAUGUCUACGUGUCUAUACUUAGAUGUGAAAACUAACCAAAUAACCUGUAAAUGAAUUUCACAGGUGCAGUCAAAGAGGUUUUGGCCUAUUUGAACAAAACCACGGUUUUAGACAUAUGCAAACUGAACAAAAUGUCAGCUAAAAUGCUAGUCUUUUUCACUUGUUUUUGUUGUUUGUUUUUUUUUUUAAAUUUGUGCCAAUUUGUCUUCCUGUUCUUCUUAUAAUAGUGAUGAUAAUAAUAUACUGUAUGUACAGAACAUAAUAUCCUAUACAGAGCUGUUUACAGGGUAACAUUCCCUUAAAAUUUUACCGUACAUACAUACAUACAUGCAUAAAUACACCAUGUAAUGAUAUAACACACAAAAUAAAGGCCUUCAUAUACAGUCUGUUGUUUCACACCUGA